GUGGUCCUGGUGGCCAUUACCCUGGUGGACGUGGAUGCCCAAAGCUCUCCCAGCUGUGGCCCCAAUUUCCCGCCCGCCUGCAGUUGCGGGGAGGAGGUGUACGAGAGCGAGAUGCAGUACGUCGUCAACUGCACAAACGCGGGGCUGCGCAACACGAGCGUCCUGGAGUUCAUGCCCGAGAAGGUGGAGGUGCUGAUCUUCACCGGCAAUCACAUUGCGGAGCUGCCCUGGAACGUGUUCGGGAGCAUCAACGACUACAAGCAGCUCAAGAUCGUGGACAUGAGCAGCAACCACAUCCGGGAGAUACGCGGCAAGAGCUACCACCAUGUGCCGCGCGUCGAGCGGCUGAUCCUCAAUCACAACAACCUGAGCAUCUCGCGCUACGACGACGAGGUCAAUCAUCACCAUCCGCGGGUCUUCUCCAACUUUGUCAAUUUGCAGAGCCUUCACCUAACGGACGCCUUCGAGGACAACAGUUCGCCGCAGCUGAGCGAGGACCUGCACGACAUCUUCGUCAACAGCCAGCUGCUGAAGCUGCAAAAGCUCCAUCUCGAACAGAACGAGAUCACGCACUUCAAGGACCGCAAUGUCUUCUGCGAUCUGCCCUCCCUCAGGGACCUGCAUCUGGGCGACAACCAGCUGCGGGACAUUAACUUCGAGGUGCGAUGCCUGAACAAUCUGCGGUUCCUGGACCUCGAACGGAAUCAAUUUGGCUUCGUGAAGCCCAGCGACAUGAGGGUCCUCAACGAGCUGGAGGAUCGCUCCAAUCGCACGGCCAAUCUGAUUGUGGACUUUAAUCUGAAUCCCUUCGUCUGUGACUGCCGCAUUGCGCCCUUCCGCGCGUGGAUCCAGUCCACACGGGUGACCGUCCGCAACAAGGACAGUCUCAUGUGCUUCCACUCGGCUUCACGGGUGGAUCCCUCUCCCGCCCACAUCCUGCAGCUGGAUAUGGGCGCAUGCCAGGCGGCCAUCGAUGCAGCGGCCACCAUCCUGAAUGCCGCCGAGGAGGAGCAGCGGAGCUAUGGAGCAGAGCAGCCGCCGGCGCACAUCAGCGGCCAUACUGCCACGCUAAUCUUCCUGCUGAUCGUGCUGAGCAUGAUCCUGCUGGGGCUGCUGGUGGCCCUCGUCUACGUGAGUCGCGAUAAGUUAAAGUACAUGAUCACGCCGGUGUUCGAUAACGUGGCCAAGAAGGUCCAGUAUACGUCAAUUAAGGAUGAGGACUGCCCGGAAGUGCACGUCUAGAGGGGCCCAUAUCCAUCAUCCCAGAAGGAGGAGAGACCUGAGGAAGAACCAAAACUCAGUUUCGUUUCAGUUUCAGUUUUUGUAUGCCAUUCGCGUUACGCAAAGUGUGCCAUUCACAGCGGAAGGGGAAACAGAAGAUCGAAUAUCAUUUGCAUCCGCGUAUCCCAAAACUUAAGCCUCUUGUUUUUCGUAGUACUUAAGCAUUUAACAAUGAAGAUCGAAGGAGUAGGAGGAACGUGCAAAAUGCACUUGCAAUUACAGUUAAAAUACACACACACACAAUUUCUAUAGUUUUAGCGUUUUUCUAACUUAAACUUAAGUCCAAGUCUUGUUAUUUCUAUGAUUCCCACACACGAAAAAGGAGUCCAUAGGAGUGCAAAGCGGCCCUGUAACAACCGAUUUGACCAGAAGACCACGCAUACAUAUAUAGCAGCCUAUAUAUACAUACAUACCCACAUAUAUCGUAACAAACACUUUAGUGUUAUCUGUGAUUUAAGUUUAGUAGCUUUACUUUGUUAAAACUCUGCAGAACGCAACUUUUGUAAUGGAAAUUCAUCAAACAAAAAUACAUAUACAUAUAUCUUCAAAUGUAAAACGUUUCGCUACUCAAAAAUAUGUUAUUAAUCAUUUGUCAAUUACAACACUAUAGCUAUAUGAUGAUUUCAUACUUGAUUUACCAACAUUAACAAGCAUUUUUUAUAAAUAAAACUUUUGAAAAUUGAAAAA